GGUCCGGCUGUCUCAGUUUCUGUUAUCGCUUUUUCUGUUGCUACCUUCAGUUAAAUAGCGAAGAGACGAGAGCGAGCGGACGGCCGAUUCAGGAUAUCUUUUUCACCUGGGAAAAUAAUAGCGUAUUCAGCAUCGACGGCCGCUCGACAGGGCCAGGAUGUCCAGUGAGGUGCAGAGAGUGGACGACAGCCCCAGCACCAGCGGGGGCAGCUCUGACAUCGAGCAGCGCGAGUCGGCACCCACCGAGCAGGAGCGCGAACAAGUCCAGCCCAAGAAGAAGGAGACCAAGAUCUCCAGCAAAACUGCCGCCAAGCUCUCCACCAGUGCCAAGAGGAUCCAGAAGGAGCUGGCUGAAAUCACACUAGACCCUCCACCUAAUUGCAGUGCUGGCCCCAAAGGUGACAACAUCUAUGAGUGGAGGUCCACCAUCCUGGGGCCUCCAGGUUCUGUCUAUGAGGGAGGCGUCUUCUUCCUGGACAUUGCCUUCACUCCCGACUACCCCUUCAAACCACCGAAGGUAACUUUCCGCACAAGGAUCUACCACUGUAACAUCAACAGCCAGGGUGUGAUCUGCUUGGACAUCCUGAAGGACAACUGGAGUCCAGCCCUCACCAUCUCCAAGGUGCUGCUGUCCAUCUGCUCCCUGCUCACAGACUGCAACCCAGCUGACCCUCUCGUCGGAAGUAUCGCCACGCAGUAUUUGACAAACAGAACGGAACACGACAGAAUAGCGAAACAGUGGACAAAGAGAUAUGCCACAUAGAUCUGGCCUGGUGGUCCUUUCGUGGCUCUGUCCUCCUCACCCCAACUCUCUGCCCCCUCACCUCACCCCCACCCCUCCCCUGUACCUUUCUACCUCUGUUCCCUCUUGGUCAAAGCACACUCACCAGGUGCGGCCACCAACCCUGGCCUCUUCCCUUUGUCCUUUGUUGACCUUUCUGUGAAGAGAACUGUUUUUGUUCCUUGUUGACUUGAAAGCUUCUUUUUAUACAAAGAGUUGUUUGGGAUUUUAUUUUCCGAUUAUCUGAAUGUUGGAGUUACCCUAGGAAGGGAAGGGGGGGAACAAACAAACAAACAAAAAUAAUGAUUUGCCCUCAAUUUAAUGUAUGUAUAUCUUUUUUUGCUUUUUUUAAGUGUACUUUGUAAAAUUUUCUGUUUAUUUACGAUAAAAAAAUGUCUAAUAUUAAUCAAGAAACAAAUGUUUUUUUAUUUGUCAUGACAAGUAUGAAUUACAUUACAUUGGCAUCAGUUCUACCAGUGUUUGUAAUGCACCAAUUGGGCCAAUCAAACCAAAGUGGACACACUGGUGUUCACUGGAGGCAUUUUCAUAAUAGCACAGAUUUAAUCACACAAAAAGAGUGCCCCCACUCAGUAUACACAACUCACACCGGGAAAUCUUACAAAGUGCACACAUGUAGGUGGCUGGAACAAGUGCAGACUAUAUUUUACUUCUGCCAUAGUCUUUUUUAUGUUUUGAAAUAGAGUUCUUUGCAUGUACAAGGAUGAACAGGUAUUUCCAGCAAUUUUGUGCUUUUUUUUAUUUUGUUUUGUAUGUAUUUUUAAACACGCUGUCAAAGCAGCCAGCAGAGUUAGGCUAGACCUACCUGUUGGCAAAAAUGACCAUGUACAGUACAUAUUAGCUACAUGCCAUCUCUGACUUGGCAGAGGGGUUGUGCACUUGCUUUACUAAAAACACCCAAUAAAACACUGUGGUUGAACUGUA